AUGUUGAAGAUUGCGUUUUUGUGGUCGGUUUUUUUAGGGACUGCAGCAUCGCUUCAUCUGGCCGUCGGCGGCUGUGGCGGCCGCCGACCGGCGUUCGCAUGCCACACACUCCAGUGUGGGCCGCAGCAUACUCGUUCCGUGCCCGUUUUCGCGGAAUCGACACCGCUGACGUUAUCCCAGGUGGAACAACUGGAGCGGGAGCAUGUGGGUUUCGAGGCCGAGGAGGCUAAGCCACCCAAAUGCCCGGUGCAGCCCCAGCACCUGAGCAAUCGUGUCGUCAAGGCAAUAGUGGACCACGACAUGGAGAUGCUCAUGAAGCGCUCGCUUGACCCUACAGGACGACCGCAGCACCUCCAUCAAGUGUGGAAGAUCAAGAAGCACCGCAAGAGGCUGAACCCGGUAUUAUUCCGUGUCGGGGAGAAAGUGAAGGGCCGUGUGGCGAUCACGUUUCCCACCUACGCUCUCGUAGACGUGGGUUCUACAUCUUACGGUGUGCUUCACGCGCGUGAUAUGAGCGAGGGCUGGAUCGACCGUGUGGACCACAGCAUAACCUCGGGGGAGGACCUGAUAGUCACCGUGAAGUCGAUUGACGAGGAUGCGAGGUUCAUUCGCCUCACCCUUCUUGACCUUCCAAAACUGGAGGGUCCUACUGGGGAACCCAUAGAGCGGCGACCGUUGCACACGUUUAGGGUGGAAGAGGCCGUCGCCGGUGUCAUCCGCCGCAGGUCUCCGUUAGGCUACUAUGUGGAUGUCGGUGCCACAGUUGACGGGUUUCUACACAUAAACGACCGCAAGCUGCCCAGGAAGUACACAGGUAUCGCACGGCAGCCAUUCCGUAUAGGCACACGGAUACCCACCCUCUACGUCAAAUGCGUAGACCUUGUUAAGAACCGCUUACAGCUCAGCGAAAACUCGCUCGCCGAGGAGUUGGAGAAGCGCUGUUUGACAGGUCAGGAAACGCCGGAGCAGCAGGCAGUGUACCACCCCGGUAAUCGGCUAUCGAUGUUGCAGAGCCUGCAGGCCAACGACCUAGAGAAGAUGCGGAUGAUCGGCGGGUAUGACGAUCUGCUGAAGGAGGUCGGGGCGGAUCGCAAUGCAUCAACAGCGUACGUCAUGUAUCUGCAGAAUCGCAAAAAAAUAGAACACCUGGAGCAUCUGAAGGAUACCGUGUUGGACGACGCUGACAACAUGGACGAUGUCCAACUGAGGCGUGCCACCAAGGAAUACAACAGGCUGUCAGCGGAGAUUGCCGAACUCAAGCAAGAAGCAAACGAACCCCCGCCAUUCCGCCGGACAGUGUAUAAGUAUGGCGAUCCCGGUGUAUGGGAAAGCCGGGUGUACACGCCAUUCGAUGAGAAGAACCCACGCGACUACUUCCAAAAGGUCACGGAGGAGGUGACGACGGCACUGCGUGACGUUCAGGGAGAGAAUUUCGACUUCAAAGGUGCAAUGGCCGACGAUCUCCAUAGCGCUGAACGCCGUGGAGAGAUUGUAGAGCACCUGUGGGACAUUUUCCACGCCCCGCCCAGCGACAAAAGUAAAAUCGAGGACACAGAACCGCGAUAUGCAACAUUGGAGGAUAUAGACGAUUUGUUGCCAGAAUCGGAGAUAUCUAAUGAAGCGCAUUCUUCGUGGGCAGACGUUCCAGAUGCGGAUACGGUCGUCGCCAAGCUCGAGACGUAUGACCACCCCGAGGCAAAGGACCUCGCAGAAAUGAUACGCAGUGCGUCAGGAUUCAACCCGUUUGCCCAUUCGGAUAGACUUAUAGAUGACGACAAGACAGCUAUUCUAGGCGCAUCUGCAAUGGCGAACGAUGACGUGACAACAUGGCAAGCUCGACUGGACAGAAUGUAUGAAGACGUCGGUGUCGAUCCCAUGGAUGUGGCGGCGGCAACGCUUGCCGGCAAAAGUCACGGAAAACGCACGAAUGGCGACUCAUCGGAGGAGCACGACAUUUUGAUGCAAUCCUUUGCACGCGACGAUGGCGCUAUCUCAGAAGUGCCCAAUGUCGACGAGUAUGUGGACUCAACGGAAGGGGCCAAAAGCGAAGUAAACUUCCUUGCCCCCGAAGUGGAGGACGAUGACGACACGGAUUAUGUAGAAACGUCAGAAUUGUCGGACGACGACUUCAACUCAGAUGAUACCGCUGAAUCAUCCAAACCAGGCGGGUAUAAUGAGGGGCCCGAGGACGCUGAGCACCGUUCACGGUAUACGGAGAAAAACCAAAACGGAUAUGAUAUAGAUGUAUCCGAUGUAUAUGACUCCGUGUCCGAUUCUGAUGACGAUGGUUCGGACUUUUACAGCGGUUUGGAAGAUUCGGAUGACGCUUCCGGUGUGGAAGACAGCGAUGCCGAUGAGGAAGAAAGUGACACCGAUGACACCUCCGACAUUGAGGAUUUCAAGGAUGUUGCAAGUAGCAUAUUCGCGUCAGAAGAGCUAACCGAACUGCCGAAAACACGGUCCAAAUCACGACUGGGACAAAGUCACAGUUUGAGGGACGUUGCGUCUGAAGUGCCGACUUCGGGGACCCUGACCACAACACCUACAACCGAUACGGCGAUCGAUGUGUCAACUGCUUUGCCAAAGGGUCCACUGGAGCCUGUGGAAAAAUGCUACGAGGCUCCCACAAUAACAGAUGAUAUACAGAAUAUCUUCAACGAAGUCAGGGCGCUUACUGCCAACGUAAGCAAUGAGGACACGCCGCUCGAGGCGACUGAUUUCCCCCCUAAAUUCGAAAAUCGGGACACCAGGAAAAUCAACCACCAACUCUAUAUACAGAGAAACCGUUUUCUAGAUCCGGUAACCCGCCUUUAUGUGAUGAGCAAGGUGCCUCCCCGACCUCUUCCGCCAAAACCGGAAGACGAACUGGAGAGUGACUCAGACGGUUAUGACUUCUCCUCUACAGUUGACCGUCGGCCUAAGGACGGGUUCAUGCGGAGCAGUGAUUCAGGCACUAAUGACGACAUAGAUGCACGACGCCACGUCGGCCAGCAGGAUGAAUUCAGGGACAUCGAUUACUUUGACUUUUCGUCAGACGAUACGGACGACGAAGGUGAAGAGCAUGUACAAUCGCCAGAAGAACUCAAAAAAGUGCGUUCACUAGUGAGGAGCGUGGUGAAUUCGGACCAGCGCCGCCGCACCCUGUCACGGAUCGCGAGGAAGGCGCUGCCACCCGAGGUGGUGGCCAAGUGCAAACAACGCCCCAAGGAGCCCGAGCACAUGGAGGAAAUGGCACGUCUGCUGCGCUUCGGCAGGAAGCGGCCGAAGUUGACGCCCUACACGUAUUUCCCUGAAGGCAUUGGCAACGCGGGACUUGGUGAGGACCGCAGGAGCAUGAACCGGCGCAUCAGGGAUGCCAACCUGAAGCUCACUAAGCUAAAACGCAACAAGCGGUUUUUGAGCAUGUUGCACCGCCUCGACGUGGACCCCGACGAGCUAACCUUCGACAACAUCCAUCAGAUGCUGCCGUUCGAACUGGUCUCGUCGAGGCCGCCACCAUUCAGAAAGCUGAUGGGUAUCGGCGAGAGCAAUCUGCCUGACGAAAAGGGGUAA